AUGAAUAAAUUAUAUAUUCAAAUAUUUUUUUUCCUUUUAAACAUCUUCCUUUAUGUGAAUAAUGAAACCUUUGCAACUGAGAUAGUUCCAGAAGAAGAUACAGCACCCGAACCAAAAAAUCGUUAUCCUAGUUCAGAAGAAAUAUAUGAAAAAAACAAGCACCUAUUAUGUACCAAUCCAAAAGAAUCUUCAGAAGUGGGCGAAGUUAUGAACGAAGCUGUAAAACAUUUAGAAUAUUAUGCUACAAGUAAUGAUGGUUAUGAAUUAUGUCAAAAUCAAUAUUCUUCUCAUAAGGUUUUAUUUAAAACAAAACACGGUCAAACAAAAAUUAAAAGAUUUCAUUAUGAGGUUUAUGGUUCCGAUGAGUAUAAUGAAGUAAUAAACAAGUUAUGGGAUCCAGAUCAUGCCAAAUCUCCCAAUGCUAGCUUUGUUAAAAGAAAAAUUGCCCGUGUAUACAGUCCAAAUUUAGUAAUGAUACAACAACGCUACAAAACUAAUCCGUUGGGACGUAAGAAAUAUUUUUAUGCUUUAGCUGCAAAAGUUAAAAUAUCAGAAGACACAACUAUAAUUGUCAUGGCUUCAGGAAAUAUAAAUGAUCACAAUCCUUCCAGUAAAGAAUAUAAAAACACUAUCGUAGAAAGUGCAAAUUUAUUCAAAACUGACAUUGAUUCUGAAGAUGAUAUUAGAAAAGGAAAAUUGAAAAAAACAUUUGUUAACCUAGCUGGAUACUUCAUUAAAAAAGGGCGAUGGCGUGUUGAUAUCACCUGUGUUGAAUCUAUUAAUUGA